AAGAAGAGGGUGUAGGGCUCAGUUGUUUUUCUCCGGCUUCAACGAUAGUUUGCAGACUCUCUCCCCGUCUUGUGUGUAAACUGAUCCGUACAGGCUCUGUGUAUUUUCUUGGGAGAGAGAGAGGGGGAGGAGUGAGAGAAGAUACUCCAUCCCUCUUUUUCUUGGCUGCUGUACCGCGGGCGUUACAGUUCAACGUGCAGUUUCUUGCCAAUUCAUCAGGGCGGACUUAAACCAAAGGUGUGUUCGUCUUUGAAUCUGAAACACCUCUGAAUUCAUUCUGUGUUUACGUUUUUUGGGCGUGAAGAAAAAUCUCUUGUCGUAGGGAAAGUACCAAACUUCCAAACCGUGUCAUAUUUCCCGGGAUUUAGAGCGUCGUUGCUCGCUCGCUCCCUUCGGCAUCUCACAAUGUUUUCUCUCCCGGGGAAGAUCUGAACUUUUUACGGACGGUGACAACGUAGACAAUAGGACUUCGUUUGGGGUUUGGUUGUCAAAAGAGAGGAGACGAACCGAUUAGGACAACGAGUUCGUGUUCAACUACCAAUUCCUGAGAGAUGGCGUGGCGGUGGGUCCUGGCUGCCAUCUUGGCGACCUCGUCUCUCUCCCUCCUCGGCUCCGCCUACAACGAGUUCACCUCUGACACCCUCAUCAACAACGUAGUCCAGGACCCAAUCACCAGCCGGCUGUAUGUGGGCACGGUCAACGCCCUCUACCAACUGGACCAAUCACUGCACCCCGAGGCACACACCAGAACAGGACCCGAAUUGGACAACCGGCAGUGUACCCCGCCCGUGACUUCCUGCGAGGAAGCAGUGGAGACAGACAACCAUAACAAACUGCUCCUCAUCCAUCCAUCCAAAGACACCUUGAUAGUGUGUGGGAGUCUGUACAGAGGAAUCUGUUCUCUAAGGAACCUGUCUAAUGUAGAGCAGCUGCUGUACUUCAGCGAUAGUAACGGAGAGAAGUCGUACGUGGCCAGUGCUGAGGAGAGUGUGUCAGUAGUAGGGGUCAUGUCUUACUACUUCAGCAAGGACAAGGAGAACUUCACCGUCUUCCUGGUGGCUAAGGGCUACGGCAGCCAUGACAGCACCAAGCUGAUCAGCACCCGUAUCCUCCAGGUCCAUCAUGACUGGGUGUUGUUCGACAGCAUCAUCGAGGCCUCGGCCGUCCAGUCCAACCCCUUCACACUGCGCUACCUCCAUGACUUCAGACACGUCUUCAAGGACGAGGGCUUUGUCUACUUCCUGUUCUCCAGAACCCUGGGCGCCCAGGAUUCAGGAACCAAGAACUUCACCUUUAUCUCCAGGAUGUGUGAGAACGACCACAACUACUACUCGUACACAGAGCUCCAGCUGAACUGCAGCGCGGGGAACAAGUACAACAAGGUCCAGGCAGCCUACGUGGCCCUCCCAGGAGAAGCCCUGGCCAGGAAUAUGAGCUCCUCUGGCCGGUACGGACCGGUUGGAGCCCAGGAUAAGGUUGUGUUUGUGGUGUUCAGCUCGGACGACGACAGCUCCAGCUCGGCAGUGUGUAUGUACCCACUGAGGGCCAUCAACCAGAGACUGGUGGAGAUCAUAGGAGCCUGCUACAGCACCAAGGGACAAAUAAACAAGACGUCUGCCGUCUACUCCCCGUACUCCUCCAAGUCAGACGAGCUGUGUAAAAUUGAAAAUGAGAUGGGCAUGGUGACCAAACAAAAGUGUGGUGCUGAGUUCCUGCCCUCCCCGCUGGCCAGCAGGGCAGAGUUCGCCCUGGCAACCGACCCCGUUUUCACCAAGAAGGGCCUGAUGACAGCUGUGGCCGUCGCUGUGGAAACGGAGCACACCGUUGCCUUCCUGGGGACCACUUUAGGAGAGGUGUUGAAGCUGCACCUGUCGACCAGUCCAGAGGUGUACGGCCGCGCCCCUGGGGAGAACACCGGGGACAAGGUCAACAAGAACCUGCUGUUUGACACCAGCCUCACACACCUCUACAUCACCACAGAGAAGAAGAUCAGCAAGGUGCCAGUGCAGGCGUGCCACCUGAAGACAGACUGCCAGUCCUGCGUGGCACAGAAAGACCCCUACUGUGGCUGGUGUGUGCUGCAGGGCAAGUGUACCAGGAAGGGAGACUGUCCCAGAGCUGAGGAUGACAACACGUGGCUGUGGAGCCCCAACCAGCAGUGUGUUCAGAUCCAGGCCUUUAAACCACCCAGCUUCAGCUGUAGGAAGACGAAGCAGGUUGAAAUCGCCAUCCCCUCCCUCCCCAAGAUCGGCCCUUCUGACAUUAUCGAGUGCAGGUUCGGUUCAGACACUAGUGAAGCUGUGGUGAUGGACCAGAAGGUCACCUGUGCCCUCCCUGACCCUGUGAACAUCCCCUCUACACAUGACAAGCAGGACUUUGUGACGAUGCAGGUGAAGAUCCUGGUCAACCACGGCAUCGAGGUGACGUCCAGUGAAUACAAGUUCUACAACUGUGCUGCCACUGUCAGGAAGUCAGAGAACACGCCGUGUAUAGCAUGUGUGACCAGUGAGUGGCAGUGCCAGUGGAAUGCCCAGGACCACACCUGCAGUGACAUAGAUGAUGCUGUAGACGGAGCUCACAUCGUCAAAGCCCAACAAGCUGAUAGCUGUCCUCAGUUUGAGAACCCAGACCCUCACCUCAUCCCUGUAGGCUACCGCAUCCCCAUCAGCUUCCAAGGGAAGAACCUGAACAUUUACAAGGAUCACAUGUUUAAGAUUGGCACGGAGCUCAUGAAACACACAGAGGAAGAGUUCACCUUUAAUGAGGGGUUAAAGUUCAACUUCAAGGGUUAUGAGUUUGCCUACGACAAGGAGCAGGAGGUCAAUGUGUCCUUCCACAUCAAAGACAGAGACUCAGAGAAGAAGAUUGACAGCACUCUGACUGUGGUGCUGUAUAACUGUUCUCUGGGUCGUGAGGACUGCAGCCUGUGUAAGAACGCCGACCCCAAAUACAGCUGUGUGUGGUGUGCCAACAUGAGGUCCUGUGUGUACAGAGAAUUGUGCAGGUCCCAGGAACCAGCGCAGUGCCCCGACCCCAAGAUCACUGACAUCAUCCCUCGUUUUGGGCCUCUGAACGGUGGGAUAAUGGUGACCAUUAAAGGGUCUAACCUGGGCAUAAAGAAGGAGGACAUUAAGAAGGUGACGGUGGCUGGAGUGGACUGUGUUCACCAGGGGGACAGAUACUCUGUCUCCACCAGUGUUGUGUGUGAGAUCGGUCCGGUCCGGCCUCCUGCUUCAGUGGACCUCCCAGGUCCCAUCAACCAGGGGGUAGUGGAGGUGGAGGUGGAGGGGGGCAGGAGAGGACGUUCAGAGGUCCUCUUCACCUAUAGGGACCCCAUCCCUGAGACAGUUUCCCCCCUGAAGGGCCCUGCGGCUGGUGGAACAGUCAUCACUAUCUCUGGGAAACACCUGGAUACGGCAAACAAGGAUGAUGUCAUUGUCACCGUGGGGGGAACGCCCUGUGAAGUGUUGUCGUUUGGCAGUCAGAUUACCUGUGAGACAGGUGUAUACAAGGGACAAAAGGUUCCAUCGGAGCUCCUGAGAGUCUCAGUGAAGUAUGGGAAGAGCACCACCAAGGACGUCCCUGACUCCUUCACCUUCCAGUACUCUGAGAACCCCAAACUCACGGACUACAGCCCCAAGACCAGCUUCGUAUGUGGAGGCAGGAGGAUCGUGUGUGUGGGCAGUGGUUUUGACCUCAUCCAGAGAGCAACCAUGAAGGUGCUGCCCUCUACUGAUGACGUCUCUCAGUCCCCUCCCAUUGAGUUCAUCCAGUCUGCCGUACAUAAGAACGACACAGUGCUGCUGUUUGACAGUCCAGCGGUGAACAGGUCCUCUGAGACCCAGUCCUUUAGGACCUUGCUCCAGCUAGACAACGUGGUAGAGGAACUGAAUUUCUUUGAGUACCACGCCGACCCGUUCUUCAAUGAACUGACCAAGAACAUCAUCACUGAAACCUCCAUCAUCAUCGUCACGGGUCGUGGGUUCAGCAAGGCCAUGACAGCUGAAGAAGCCCAGGCGUUCGUAGGAGAUGCCUCCUGUAAGGUGACCAUCCUGCAGGAUGACAAGCUGUUCCUGGAAGCUCCGUCCACCCAGCCCAGAGCCCGCUCCAAACGCCAGCGCAGAGACACCAGCUCCGACCCUCUGGACCUAACGAUAAAGUUUGGUAAUGGUGAGUGGGUGGUGGGCUCAGUGAACUAUGAGAGGAAGUAUGAGGUUCCUUUGGCUAUCAUCAUCCCAGCUGUCAUCGUCCCUAUGCUACUGUUUAUAGCUGUGUCCGUCUACUGCUACAGGAGGAAGAGCCAGCAGGCAGAGAGAGAGUAUGAGAAAGUGAAACACCAGUUGGAUCAUCUGGAGGAGAGCGUGAGAGACCGCUGCAAGAAGGAAUUCACAGACCUGAUGAUAGAGAUGGAGGACCAGACCAAUGACCUGAGUGAGGCCAGGAUCCCCUUCCUGGACUAUAAGACCUACACAGACCGGGUCUUCUUCCUGCCUUCUAAAGACGGGGACAACGACGUCAUGAUCACUGGCAAGCUGGACAUCCCCGAGGGACGGAAGGUCAUCGUAGCUCAGGCCCUCAACCAGUUCUCUAACCUGCUCAACUCCAAGACCUUCCUCAUCAAUUUCAUCAAGACCUUGGAGGGCCGUCCAGACUUUAACGCCAGGUCCAGGGUCUACUUUGCCUCGUUACUGACCGUGGCUCUGCACGGUAAACUAGAGUACUACACAGACAUCAUGAGAAGCCUGUUGCUGGAGCUGAUGGAGGAAUACGUGCACAGCAAGAACCCCAAACUCAUGCUGCGCAGGUCAGAGACGGUGGUGGAGAGGAUGCUGUGUAACUGGAUGUCCAUCUGUCUGUAUCAGUUCCUCAGGGACUCAGCGGGCGAGCCUCUAUACAAGCUGUUCAAGGCCAUCAAGCACCAGGUAGAGAAGGGCCCAGUGGACGCUAAGAUGAAGAAGGCCAAGUACACUCUGAACGACACGGGGCUCCUAGGGGAUGACGUGGAGUACUGCGUUCUGACCCUGCAAAUGCUGGUGCACGGGGAGGGACCAGACGUGACGCCGGUGAAGGUGCUAAACUGUGACACCAUCUCUCAGGUGAAGGAGAAGAUCAUUGAACAGGUGUACCGCAACCUGCCCUACUCACAGAGACCCAAGGUGGACAGUGUUGCUCUGGAGUGGCGGCCUGGCUCUACAGGGCAGAUCCUGUCAGACAUGGACCUGACAUCACAGAAGGAGGGCAGGUGGAAGAGACUCAACACCCUGGCACAUUACAACGUGAGAGACAAUGCCACGCUGGUGCUGUCCAGAGUGCUUCACACCCAUCGCCAGUUCCACCAGAACCAGGACAGCCAUGAAGAAAAAAACGCCCUGUUGGAAGAUGACAAGGUGUUCCACCUGGUGCGGCCAGCAGACGAGCUGGAUGAGGUCAAAUCUAAGAGAGGAAGUUUGAAGGCCAAGGCCACGACUAAAGCCAUCGCUGAGAUCUACCUGACACGACUGCUCUCUGUCAAGGGUACUCUGCAGCAGUUUGUGGAUGAUUUCUUCCGCAGUGUGUUGUGUUCCGGAGCGGUGGUUCCUCCUGCUGUUAAAUACUUCUUUGACUUCCUGGAUGAGCAGGCUCUGAAACACGACAACGUUGAGGAGGAGACCGUCCAUAUUUGGAAGACCAACAGCCUGCCCAUGCGUUUCUGGGUGAACAUCCUGAAGAACCCUCACUUCAUCUUUGACGUGCACGUGACGGAGGUGGUGGACGCGUCGCUGUCCGUCAUCGCUCAGACCUUCAUGGACGCCUGCACCAAGACGGAACACAAACUGACCCGGGAAUCUCCCAGCAACAAGCUGCUCUAUGCAAAGGAGAUCUCCACCUAUAAGAAGAUGGUGGACGAUUACUACAAGGGAAUCAAGCAGAUGGUUCCAGUCAGUGACCAGGACAUGAACACACACCUGGCUGAGGUGUCCAGGGAACACACAGACACGCUGAAUACCCAGGCGGCCUUGCACCAGCUCUACCAGUAUGCCAGCAAAUACUAUGACGGGAUCAUCCAGUCUUUAGAUGAGGACCCAGCCGCCCAGAGUAAACAGCUGACUCUGCGGCUGCAGCAGAUAGCCGCCGCCCUCGAGAACAAAGUCACCGACCUUUAACCUCUGACCCCUAGAGAAAGGGGGAGGAGCUAUGGGACCACUCUGUAGACCAAGAUGAGGGAGACCGGAGACUGAGGCAGACUUCAGACUAUUACAGUAUCAACCAUGAAGAGUUACACAUAUCUCUUCCCCCUAGAGACAUGAGAAACUGUGGGAAACUAUUGCGUUUUGGCGAAAAUACUUGUGAAGGAGCAGAGCUACUGGACCAAAGUUGGACAGGAUGAUCCCUAAUCAUCAGUCUCCCUCUCUCUCUCUGACUCUAUGGAUCCUAUAUUCUGAAUGAGCAAGGCCCUUCAGUACAGUCCCUGAGUGGGCUAGCAGACUGUAAACCCAGCCUACGGUAUAGUCCCUGAGUGGGCUAGCAGACUGUAAACCCAGCCUACGGUAUAGUCCCUGAGUGGGCUAGCAGACUGUAAACCCAGCCUACGGAGGAUAAACAGUAUACCACCACUGACCAACCAUAGCAACUAUACCUGUCAGUUCCAUGAUAUACAACCUGGUGUUGAUGACUUACAGCUUGUACAGGUAAUCAGAUGUUUAAUGUGCUCCAGAGUAGACCAGAGUUAGGAGAGUGGUGUUGUAUGUAAAUAUAUUUUUAUGGCACAGGCUUUAUGCAAAAGACGCUUUACAUACCAAGAUGAAAUUAUUUUUUAAAAGGAUGGAUGGGCAAAACUAAGUUUGUUAAUUUGUGUUUUUAAAAAGUUUCUAGAAGCGAAGAAGCAGGGUGUUCCAUGAUGUCAUAUCCUGUGUUUAAUCGAUUGGUUGCUUACUGUGUAAUCUGCAUUGCCAUUGGCUAGUUCUGACUGGUUAAUCACUUUGUUUUUGUCAUGAUUUGUAUUUGUCGUUGAUGUGUUUUUGAUUUGGGUUCUCCGUGUAGUGCAUUAUGCAGGGGAAUAGGAUGCAGCAGCCUUGAACCACUUCACAUGAUGACCGUGUCACUAUUCCGGGUCAGCGCUCCCCUAUACAGUAGUAAAACAAGCCAAACGGACUCAGAGAUGAAGCCCAUUCAUACUGUACCAGAGACAUCAAUGUCUCCCUGAAACUAACUGGUGGACCAAGUUAGAGCUCUCACACACGUUAGGCUUUGGCUCGACUAAGUGCCAAUACACAGUGGACCUGAAGAUAUUCUCAUUUUUAUACAAGAAAUAAAUCAUUUGCCUUCAUUUUUCCAUCUUGGGUGCAGAAAUAGUACGUAUGUGGAUAGAUGAAUCAGGGCUCUGUUAAUCUGACAUGUAACCACUUUAGCUCAAUGCUAAUAAUAUAGAAUGUUGCUGGUAUGUGUUAUGCCAUAAUUGUUUUUCUGUGUAAUUUUUUGAAACAGUUUAUUUCAAAAUGGAUCUUAUUGUCAUUGUAGACCAUUGACUGUGUGUGAAACAUGAAACUAGAUAUUGAAAAGAGAAAUGCUAAAAUGAUCAUUUCAUAUGUAUAUAAUUGAAUGGUACUUUUGUAAAUCAUUGAGCUGUGAACCACCAUGACUUGUGGAGGUUGUCUACAGUACCGGUACUGCUUUCUCUAGUGAUCCCUGUCACAGCUGUCAAUUCUUCUGAAACCAGAUGGAUUUCAAACGUCAUCCUUAAAUCAUUUGCCAAAUAGUUUUCACAUCGUCAUCAGCUCGUUUCUUUUAUCUGCUAUGCAACUGCUUCAUUUUGAAUCACUUCUCAAAUAUAUUUUAAUACUAAA